AUGGCGUUCCCAAGAACUUGUAUUGUUCUUACCUUAGUGCUUGUAAAUUAUCUUUACACUGUUGAUACAACAGCCGCGUAUUCUGUCAAAAAUUGCGAACAGAUGGUGAAAGAAUCAGAGGACACACGCUCGUUACAUCGAAAUCGUCGGCACGCCGAAAGCACAAAGUACGACGAAAUAUUAAGAAGCGACCCGUUUCCAGAAAAUAUCAACUCUAGCACUGUUUUAUACGAUUUUAAUGCUUUAAGUUUACACAACGAGGCAGCAUCAUCAUUCAGAUUUAAUGUCAUCACGGCAGCGGAUAGUCUUCCCCGAUAUGACGGUUUAUUUGUAGUGGAUGACAGUAGACAGUUGAGGCUUGGACCUUCUCUGUCCAGUGCUGAACGAAAAAAGUACUUCGACUAUGAACAGUACCCUACCAUUGUUGUCAUCAUUAAUGCCACCAGAGAUCUGGACAAAGAAGGCUUGAAUUCAAAACUGAUCAAACUGACAAUCCCACUGAAGGAUGUCAAUGAUGAGAUUCCUGUUGUCAAGAACCAGCCGGUGCCCUACCUGGCAGCCGUGCCCCAGGAACCAGAUCCGGGGCACACUGUCUAUGUUCUGCUGGCAGAAGAUCCGGACACCGACUCGGAUUUGGAGUAUAUCAUUCCGGAUGAAGCUGGGGCUGACAUAAAGAACUUCUUUUUUGUGGAUCCUGUGGCAGAAGGAACUGGUACUGAAAGAAUUGUGGAGGGCCAGAUAAAGAUUCUUCGCCGCACCAGAUUUACAUUAGGAAGCAGUUAUCUCAUUCCUGUUACCAUCCGAGACAGGAAGCAACCUGUGACCCAGGUAGUGACAGUGGAGGUCAAUGUCACUGUAGGGCCAAGGCCACCCCAGUUUUUCCAGCAGAAGUACGAGGGAUGGAUCUUUGAGACAAAGAGCACCAACAAUCCUGUAUUUGCCCUGAACUCCAAUGAGAAGCUGUUUGUUCAGGUGCAUCAGUUUCAACAGAACCACCCCAAGACAUUCCGGAUACUGGAUGAGAGCAACAGGGAGUCCACGCUGUUCCGUAUUGAUGAGCAUGGACACAUUUACAACAAAGAUGUGUUGGAUUUUGAUGUGCAGCAAACACAGCGACCACCAAAGUUCCGUUUCCAGAUUCGGGUGAUUGAAACAUCAGACACGGGAGAAUUGACCCAAACAGUUCCUCUGGACAUUGUCUUGAAGGAUGAGAAUGAUAACCCGCCCAGGUUUCAGCUGACCCAGUAUCUGAAAACUAUUCGUGAGGACUUGGAGAUUGGCAAGACGGUCCUCUCCGUGGUGGCGGAGGACAGUGACUCUGGUAACAACAGUCUUGUCACGUAUGAACUGGAGAAUCCUUACUUUGAGAUCAAGAAGGUGGGCAAGGAAGGAGUCAUAACAGUGAAAGAGACACUGGACUUUGACGCUUUCCCUGGACCAACCUACAGGUUUAUUGUCCACGCCAAAGACAGUGGCAUACCGGCUUUGUCCAGCUCCGUCGAUGUUACGGUGACCACCUCCAACGUGAAUGAUGAGCCGCCAAAUAUUAUACCUCCUGGGACUCUGGUACUCCGUGACAUGGUCCCAGAAAAUUUCAUUCUCACCAGGCUGCGAGCUACAGAUGGGGACGGAGAUAAUGUGAAGUUUUAUUUUACCCCUCGGGAGGAAAGAUACAAGAUCUUUAACAUCAAACCCUCCUCGGGAAUCAUCCAAGUGGUAGGGGAUGUGCCCCCAAAUAUAGACUCCUACACACUCAACAUCAGUGCUGUGGACGAUGGCUCCUGUUGUGGGGGGACAGUCCAGCUGGAGAGUAAAGCCAGCUUUAUCGUGGAGAUUGUGGACUCUGUGAACCAGAAGCCCUUCUUCAAGGAUUGUUUGGAUUACUCACAGAAAGCUGCCUUCAACGAGGAGUCGGAGCCGGGCACACCUGUCAUUCAGGUUGUAGCAACUGACCCAGAUCGGGGCUUGAAUGGUGCUAUUGACUAUUCUAUUGAAUCACCUUCAACCGCGUUAGCAGAUGCUCCUUUUGACAUCGAUCGAACCACAGGUCAGAUUACAGUGAAGUCAAAGGUCAACAGGGAAACAUUAGAUAAAGACUUUAUUCAGGUGACAGUGAAGGGAUCUGACAAGGCACAGCCGCCACAGGAAGGUUGGUGCACCUUUCGUGUGGCCGUCCAGGAUAUCAACGAUAAUUCUCCAGUCUUCAACUCCCUGUCCUACAGCGAGAAGAUCUCAUCAAAUGCUCAAGUCAACCGGGUGAUCCUGCGUGUGGGAGCCACAGACAGAGACAUCGGAGACAAUGCUAAAAUUGCCUACUCCAUGGUUGAAGACGGUGGGGGGAUAUUUGGCAUAUACAAAGAGAACGGUCUCAUUUUCCUCAAGUCUCCCUUGGCAGCUUCGAGAACUGAGUACAAUUUGUUAGUCAAAGCUCAAGACAAUGGCAGCCCCCCUAAAGAAGCCACAGUGAGAGUCAAAAUUGAAGUGGCCACUGAAACCAGCGAACCUCCCAAGUUUGAGCCUGACCCAACCUCACCAAAUUACUCCUACAAGAUUGCGGAGACGGUAAUCCCUAACACCCAAGAGGCAAUCAUCACCACGCUGACUUGCCGCUCCAACAUGCAGAACCCACGUGUGCAGUACUUCCUGGUGGACUCACGAGGUGUCCUGCAGUCGCAGCAGGCAGGUGCCUUUGCCAUCACAGAGUACCAGCAGAACGGCCUGUUUAAGGUGGACGUCUCUGUGGCUCAGCAGUUGGAUUAUGAGAAGACGAGGCAGUACAGUUUAAUACUACGUUGCCAGAACUUUGGAGGACUGACCAUGUAUGAACAGAUCACUCUGACCAUUGAUGUGGAAGACAGAAACAACAAAGUCCCAUACUUUGAGGGCAUGGACUCCAACGGACGCUACGCUGGAAGUGUGCCAGAAAAUACUGGUGCCGGUGCCGCUGUAAUUGAAGUCCAGGGCUAUGAUGAUGAUGUCAGAGAAGAGUUCAGAAAUAUCAGGUUUAAGUUGUCCGAUGAGAGCUAUCCUGGAGUGACCAACGACUUUGAGAUCAAGAACCUGGCGGGCAACAAGGCAGCUAUUAUCACCAAGAGAGAGUUUGACAGGGAGAAGAACCCCCGCUACUUUCUCACAGUCACUGCUGAUGAUAUCAGCCCCUCUGACAGGAUCAACCACCGCCCACCUGGCACACCAAACACAGCCUCCGUGGUUGUCCAAGUUGACAUCACUGACAAGAAUGACAACCCCAUGACAUUCAAACAACCGCUGUACAACCACACAGUUGCAGAGACUGCCAGUAUUGGUACAGUUAUCUUUGCAGUGACGGCUGAUGAUAUUGACGAGGUUGAUCAAGGCCGGCUCAAGUAUAGUUUUAUCAACAGUGAUGAAAUACCAUUUGACAUACGUGACCAGACAGGGGAGAUAAUUGUGGUUGGAUUGCUGGACUACGAGAGUCAUCAGAAGGAUUACUCCUUGAUCCUGGAGUCUAGAGACAGCGAUAACUUCUACUCUGCCACCACUACCAUCGCCAUCUACGUCACCGAUGAGAAUGACAACCUGCCAGUGUUUGGUCGCAGUGAGUAUGUGAUUGAGAACAAGGUCGUGGAGGAGGACACGUCUGUGUCCAAGGAAAAUCCCAUGGAACUAAUUACGGUGACAGCGACAGAUGCCGACAUCUCCCGCACCACAAACAUGCGCUACAGGCUGCUGGGUGAAGGCACCGAGCCUGGCGACAGGCAGCUGUUCACCAUCAAUGAGAAGACUGGCCAGGUGUUUCUGGUGGCAGCUCUGGACAGAGAUGAGCCUAAUGGCAAGUCGGAGUACAUUUUUACAGUGGAAGCCCUGGAUGAAGACGAGGAUCCACAGAAGGGAUACACCAACAUCAAAGUCAAGCCCCUGGAUAUCAACGACAACAAGCCCAUCUUUGAUGUUGACCGGUUGACUGGAGAAGUGUACGAGCAUUCUCCUCCAGGUUGGUUUUGCCCAAUCAGAGACCACUGUCCUGUCAUCGCCGUGGUGAUCACUAAUGACUUUGACUUCAUGGAGAACGCCUCCGUGGACUACGAGAUUGUCAGCAGCCCCAGCACAAACUCCCACAGUCCUACCACAAACUUCUUCAACAUCGACCCAGAGGGCAGGAUCUUCUCACAGGUGGAUCAGCAGUACCUGGACCGAGAGACCAGACCCAAGCUAGAGGUAGUGAUUCGAGCCAAAGAUCGAGGGCCGGAGCCUCAGACAUCAACUGCCACUGUGACGAUCAUCAUCAAGGAUAUCAAUGAUAACUCCCCAGUAUUUACUCAGAGAGUCUACAAUGUGACGAUGUCCGAACAUUUCAAAGAAGGUAUUGUGACGGAAGUGCAUGCGACAGACAGAGAUGAGAACGAUAACGCUGAGCUUCAGUUCUCCAUGUCAGAGAGGGUGGCAGCUGGAGGUCACUUCAAGGUGGACACCAUCGAAAACAAGGGGGCCAUUUCCAUUUACCAGCCUGUUGACUAUGAAACCCUAACCAACCCAGUAUUUGAGCUGGAGGUUCGUGUCCGAGACAAAAACCCAUCUCACUUUGACACGGCUAUUGUACGCAUCACAGUGGAAGACUUCAAUGACAAUGCCCCCAAGUUCACAGACGAGUUUAUAUCUGUGACUGUGGAAGAGAACAACGAACCAGGGGAGUUGCUGGCAAAGUUCCACGCCCAGGACUUGGACUCUGGAAUCAAUGCUGAGUUCAGCUAUUAUAUUGAUAGAGAGUCGGACCCUCGGCAUGAGUUUAUGAUUGAUCCAGUGACUGGGGUGGUCAGGACUCGCAAGAAGCUGGACCGGGAGGUGGAAUCCAAGCUGACCAUUCGUAUCAAAGCUGUGGACAAAGGGGAUCCCAAGCUGACAGGGACUGCCUCCCUGGAUGUCACUGUCUCAGAUGUCAAUGACAACUUCCCCGUGUUCAAGGAGGAUUACAGGCCAGUGGUUUAUGAGAACAUGAGAGAUGGGGAGAAUGGCAUCACCUUCCCGAUAAAGGUUCUCGAAGUGUUUGCCAUCGACAAGGAUACCGCAAUCUAUGGCCCUCCAUUUGGGUUUGUUUUGCCCAGUCCAUGCCUAGCUCCAGCGUGUGAUGAAUUCUCCCUGUCCUUCAAUGAAGCUGGAGACUCUGACAGGGGCACUGCCUUGAUCAGCACCAGCUCCAUGUUUGACCGGGAGAGGCAGAAGUUCUUUGAGCUGCCCAUUGUCAUGUGGGACAUGAGGGGCACAGGCAGCUCCAGGGCACAGACUGGCACUAACACUUUGACCAUCAUCAUUGGAGAUGUCAACGACAACCCUCACUAUCCCGGCCACCAGGAGGUCUUUGUCUACAACUACAAAGGUUUGUUUGGGCCUUUGGUAGUAGGUCGUGUGUUUGUGGAAGAUCUUGAUGACUGGGACCUGUCAGACAAGACCUUCACCUUUGCUUCACCAGCCAGCAUGAAAAACUUCUUUAUGGUGGAUGAGUCCACUGGAGACAUUACCAUGAAGAAAGGAGUCAAAGCCAACUUUGGUGAGGAGCCCUACCAGUUUACGGUGGAUGUCUUUGAUCGCCAGUUCCAGAAAACUGUCACCAGCACUGUGUCUGUGGUGGUCAAGGAUCUGCCUGAAGAGGCUGUGCUAAAUUCUGGAGCAGUCCGGCUCCAAGGUAUGACUGCCGAGAGGUUCAUCAUGGAACCCAAAGAUCCUCGCACAGGGAAAAGAACAGACAGCUUGUACACACAGUUCCGCCUGUUGCUGUCCCGUAAACUCGGUUACACAAGCAUCAAUAACGUGGAGAUUGUCACGUUGCUGGACAGAAAGGACUAUUUAGAGAUCCGAUAUGCUGCCCAUGCAUCCCCGUACAUGUCGUCUGCUCAAGUUGACAGUGCUGUUAUUUUGAACAUGGAAGAGUUUGGAAAUCUGGGAAUUAAAAUCAUGCCUCUGCCGAUCGACGAGUGCCAAGACGAGGUUUUCGAAGGUGGCUGCUACAACCGGUUGGAGGUGACAGGAAGCCCCGUGACCGUCAGCGCUAACGGCACUAGCUUUGUGGGGGUGGAGGCUUACGUGGUUGCCACAGAGGGCUGCGAGGCUAACAUCUUCAGCCAACACGAGGAGUGUACGGGAGACUACUGCUACAAUGGUGGCACCUGCAACGUAGACAACUGGGGCACUGUGUCAUGUGCAUGCUCUGAUGAAUUUGAUGGGCCCCGUUGUCAGCAGCGACGGCAUCACUUUGAUGGCAACAGUGUGGCCAUGUACCGAUCCCUGCAGCAAUGUGAGAACUCUCAGACCAGCAUAGAGUUCAUGACCAAGCAGGAGGAUGGAGUUCUUCUCUACAACGGUCCCCUUGGGGAGUUCGAUCCAUUGGAGAGUCCUCAAGAUUUCAUUUUCCUUGAAUUGAGGGGAGGCUACCCAGUGCUGAUUAUAGAUCAUGGAACAGGGGCCACAACUCUGGCUCUUGAUGGGAAAGAUAACCAUGGCAACCAGCUGCUACAGAAGCUCAAUGACGGUCGGUGGCAUCACAUCGACAUUAACCGCAGUGGCAAGGUUGUUGGGAUGGUGGUGGACAAGUGCACAGAUGCCAUGGACCAGAACCAUUUUGUGACCGAUGACCGCGCAUGUCGCACCCAGAAGGAGACCCCAGGAGAAAACAUCUUCCUCAACGUGAACACACACCUGCAUCUGGGUGGCAUCCUGACCUCGUCCCGGCUCAGCCACCUGGGUGGUCGCAGUUAUGUUGGCUUCACUGGUUGUAUACGCAACUUGGUGCACAACAAAAAGCUGUAUGACCUACACUUCAAGCCGAUGCCUGGACUGAAUACAGGACAGAAUGGAUGCCCCCCAGAGGACAGCCUCUGUGAAAAAGGUCGCCUGGCGCCAAAAUGUGGAGCCCAUGGUAUCUGUGAGGCCACUCUUAACGGUGUGUCCACCUGCAGAUGUAAGCCAAUGUGGUUCGGUUCUCGGUGCAACAAACCUGCCACUGUGAGGGACUUUGACAGAAACAGCUACUACUUGUGGGGAAUGAAGGAUGUGCUGUUCAACACGCUACGCAUGACCCGCAAUCGAGAUUUGGACGUGCAGAUGAUGUUUCGAACCCGCCAGCUGACUGGCAUUUUGAUUGAUCUCAGUGAUUACUCCUCCACAGAAUCAACACUUCACAUCCGACUUGUGCUCAACGAUGGUAAAGUGCGUCUGGUGUACAACAUGGGUGACGGAGAACGGUAUCUGGACCUGACCCAUGCCCAGGCCAACAACGGUCAGUGGCAUGUGCUGCGGAUGGAGAGACACGGCCAUGAGUUCCACCUGCAGCUGGACGGCGGCGAGGGCAGGAACUACAACUACACGCUGGCCUCUGACAGCCACAGGGAGCGGGAUGUGUUUGUGGUCGGCCGACGGGUCUACUCCGGCGCUUACAAGCAGGGGAUUGGUUUAUCUUCGGUGCUCACUGAUGAUCUUAUCAACA